CCGGAGCGCGUGCGGCUGCUUGCGGCUGAGCUCGCGACCGCAGCGCCCGGCGGAGGGGGGGGGGACAGAAAGUGUUCAACCGAAACCCGACACAACGACAGUUAUUGUGGUUGAAUAACACCGAGUUUGAGGCAGUUUAACGCCUCAAAGGCUGCUGAAGACCGAGACGAAGCUUUUAACUAAACAAUGGAAGUCUUAUCGGGGCUUUAAAGUUUUUAUUUUUGGGGGUGAACUUGUCCCCGAGUUGUGGUGGUGGUGGAUGUGAGCGACGACAAAACGACGAGGAGGAGGAAUAAUGUUGCUGCUGUUGUUUCUGUUUUGACCCAGCUCCAUUUUUAUUUUCCUCCCCACCGAAACAAACAGAACAGGAGAGGACAGGAGAAGGAGAAAGUGAGGAGAAAGAAGGAGAAAUGGCCGAAGCACGGUCCGAAGAAGAGGAGGAAAACAUGAUGAGGGACACCCGGGAACAAGUGGUUCGACGGCAGCCAAACAGCUCCGGAGGUCGUCCCGACCGACGUAAGCCGGAGCAUCGUCACAGCCAGGGUCCUCUCUCGUCCAUCAGAGCAGCCAUCAAGAGAACCUCCACCAGGUCAACAUCUCUCUCUGAGACGUCCAGAGACAGAGACAGAGAUAGAGACAGAGACAGAGACAGAGAUAGGAGGCGACCAGAGAUCACCAUCCUGUCAGCGGAGCCGCUGGCCUCCACGUCCUGGUUCCCCGGAGCUUCUGGAGGAUUCCCACCUCCCCCUCCUCCGGCCGCACAGAUCUGGGGACCCACAAUCCCUCCGUCCAUACAGCCUCCUCCAUCCUAUGAGGAGGUGAUCAGGGAGAAGACACAGGAGCAGGUUCUCCUUCCUUCUUCUUCCUCCCACUCCUCCUCAUCCCCAUCGCGUCCAGCUACUACAAAAACCAUCGCCAUCCAGACUGAUCCGGGAUCUGCCCCCGAUCCCCAAGACCCACAACUGAGAAGACCAGUGAGACCACCACGACCACGAGUCCCCUACCCUCCCAAACCCUCUGAUGACAUCGCCAUCCCCGCCAGCCAAUCCACACUCAACUCCCUCGACAGCGUGGUAGAGACAGUCACACACGCCGCCGCCGCUCACACGCAGUGUUGUGAGCUCCUCACUGACCUUUGUUCGCCUUUGACUUCAACCUCUGGUGCUCAGACCGACCAAUGGGAUCAGUCCGUAGCAGCUGUUGAAGUGGCAUCUCCACCCACAACAUCCUCUCAAGUCCCGUCGGAGCGCCCGAGGCCGCGCCCUCGUUCCAAGCUCAGUCUGCAGCCAGCCAGCAACGAGGUCAAAGUUCAAACUUUAGUGAAACUGCGCGAGGACGGUUUGGCCACGUUAGCCGCCCGCGCAGGAACCGACACCUCUAACCAGCAGGAAGUGAGUCAGGGGAAGUACCUUCAGGAGCUGCUCGAGGCCUUCAGCGCCGACGACUGGGGCUUCCCCGAUCGCCGCAGCGACAGCAGUGGGCACAGCCAAUCAGAGGGCGAGGAGGGAGGCGAGGAAGAGGACGAGGAGGACAUGGCGACUCUGAAAGCGAGGAUACAAGCCUUUGAGCAGCAGCAGCAGCAGGUGGCUGAUGGGAGCUGUGGAGACAGUAACAAAGACUUUGUUGCUACAAAGAAACCCGAACCCCGGCCACGCCCUCGUCUCCAACAAACCAAAUCCGGCCCUCCCACUGUUGCCCCCAAACCCAAAAACCUUUCACAUGCCCCCAAACCGUCCACCAAGGUAUUCUGGGAAGACUCGGGAACCAUUGAGGUUUUGAAACCAGCUGAAACUCCUUCAGACUUAAACCCUAAAACUCAAACUGCUACCGAACCAGAACCUUCUUGUACCCCAAAACCUGCUCCAGCUGUGGGACCCCAACAAAAACCUUUAAUAACACCAAAACCGCAGUCAGCUACAGAAUCCCUCCUGUCUAGUACCCCUUCCCCUUCCCCUGCCUCUGCCCCUGUCCCAGCCCCUAGACCCCCUCCACCCAAACUCACCCCCUCUGUCAGUGAAAGCCCUUCUCUAGCCAACCCAAAACCUCCACCCAGACCUCCAGUCGCCCCCAGGGCCAGCGUAGGUGCUCCACACCCGGAUAGGAGCACCGCAGCUGGGCUCACUACUCCAACUCUGCCCCUGAGACCCUCCGUGGAGGUCAGCAGUGGAGCUCAGACAGAGACCCAGGCUCCCCAAGACUCUACAAACCAAACUGUGAAAGCAGGAAGUGGCCGUCCAGGAGUCCCGACCAAACCGGCAGCACUGAUCUCGCCACGCAGAGCCAGCGCUCCAAAUCUGGCCCCCAAACCCACCGGAGCCUCCCCAGCACCUCCAGAUCCAAACGCAGUCCCACCCAAACCUACAGUUGCUGCCCCGCUCACAGCCCCUAAACCUUCAGGGCCGGCCUCGGGUCCGACCUCAGGCCUCAAACCCCCAGCUCCAGCUCCAGCUCCAGCUCUGAGGAAAGGCCCCGUGGUCCAGGCCAAACCAGAAACUAGCAGCACUGCAAACACAAACUCCACAGACCCUCCUCUCCCUCCACGACCUUCGAGUGUGAAGCUCCUCCCCCUCCGUCCUCCUCCAAUCAAAUCCACCCCGGGGCGACCGCCUCCUCCGGCCGUCACCUCGACCUCCUCAGCCAACCAGAUGACUCCUCCUCUUUCCAAAACUAGCCCCGCCCCCUCCGUUUCCCCGGCCAGCCAGUCUUCACCUCCUCACACCACAACACCGCCCUCUCCUGUAUCGGCCAAUCAGACGCAGUCUCAACGGGCAGCAAAGAGAGGACCGCCGCUGCCCCCCCGCCCUAAACCUGGACACCCUCUCUACAACAGCUACACGAAACAGGAAGUCCUGAUCGUCCUGGAUGACCCGAGCCCCUCGGAGCCGCUGUCAGGUGAGGGGAGGAGUCAAACCGCUGUCAUCAACCCAUCGCAGUGUCUCCUGGACCUGGACACCCAACCAGAGCCGGUUCCAGAUCAGGACAGUCAAUCAAAGCGGGCCUUGGAGGGCCUCAGCCUAUCGGACUCUCAGUCCAUCCUGCCUGUGCUGCCUACUGAUCAGAAAGAACAGCCAGAGCCGCCUCCCGUCAGUGGUCCUCGGUGUGUCGCCCUGUUCGAUUACGAGGGAGAGGAGGACGACGAGCUCACCUUCUCCCAGGGUGACGUCAUCGCCCUCCUGGAGCUCAUCGGGCAAGAGUGGGGGCGGGGCCAGAUCCACGGGCGAAUCGGAAUAUUCCCGCUGAACUUCGCCGAGGUGGUGGAGCCGCCCCCGCCACAGCCGGCGCCGCCGGGGGAGACUGAAGAACCGGCGUCUACAGAUAAGACAGUGGCGGAAAGUACCGCACCAAAGACGUCACAGGAACCAGAUUCAGAGGAAAAGGAGUGGGCUACGGCUCUGUUUGACUUCCCCGGUCAGACUCCAGAGGAUCUGUCCUUCCACAAGGGGGCGCUCAUCCACGUGAUAGAGCACAUUGAUGCUGAGUGGAGGAGAGGAAGACUGGAGGGGAGGGAGGGGCUCUUCCCUGCUGCCUUCACACAAUCCUGCCAGGCUCAGCCAAUCCCAGGCCAGCAGGCAGCGGCCAGAGCCAUGGCCAAGUUUGACUUCACAGCAGAGAGCGAGGAUGAGCUCACUUUAAAGGUCGGUGACAUAAUAUCGCAGGUUGAGCCUGUGGAUGAGCAGUGGAUUUUGGGAAUUGUGAGCGGGAAGCGUGGGCUUGUGCCUAAAAACUACAUUUCACUUCUCUGAUGAGGAAAAAAUCCUGAAAACAGCCAACAGGAGAGAAAAAAAGCUGGAAAAUAACUGUGAACAGGUUGGUUGGUUCUGAACUGGCGACCUCUCCCCACCUGUGAACACAUCGGAGAGUUUUCCCGCGGGCUGCGAACACUUUGGACACGCACAUGAAUUCUGAUCCAGUGUUUGUUUUUUUUCCCCGAAAACUUUUCAGGCAGUUUUUAAUGAAACAAAAACAGCCUGCUCAGUUUUUAUUGGUUACUAAAUUGGAGAACUCUGAGAUGUUAUUGGAUCGUCUCUUUGCUUGAAAACCCCUGACCUCACGUCGCCCUGGCAACCGAGACCUCGAAGGGGGAGGGAUCUGCGGUGCCUUAAUGAUGCCGUUAAACUGGUAUCACGCCGUUGAUUUCCGUCUCAGCACCGUCCUGUCGGGUUGCGAUUCCUUCCUCCGUGCUCCCACAGACUCCGUGAGCCGUUUCUCCACCUGGUUUGGAUUUAACUCGUCCGUUUCACCGUUUGGAUCAUUAGUCGUGGACCAGAAAUCUAACCCUGAAACUCCCAAAGCUCAACUUUAUGUCGCCCUGAACAAGUGUUAAUGGUUCACAUCUAUCCUGGAUGACAUGGCUCAACAUCCGCUUCAAAGAGCCGCUUUUUAAACUUCCACUUUCUCCUCUUUGUGCCUGACUACAGAUGUUUAACGUAGACUGUUUUAUUAUGCUUCAGUGAAUACAUUUUCAGGCCAACUUGCAGUAUUCGAACUGGAAAGCCUCAACUCAGCAGGUUUAGAGAGGAGGACUAAUUCAUUUCAACUAAACGUACAUUUAUCUUUAACGCAGUGUACCAUGAAGAACAGUACUCUCAUCCUGAGCCCGAGGAGAUUAGAAGGCUGAAUAAAAACUGAAUAAUGUGGAGCUCUAAGCUGAUCUGCUGCUGGGCUUUUGGGAUUUUAAUAGUAACAGUAGAGAGACAGACGGGAAGGUGAGUGUGAGCUGUAGGCAGGAUGUUGGUUGCUCAGUGAUCUGAGGGCCACUUUUGAGACGGGAAAUAGCAGGACAUCGUCAGUUUAGUUCAAAUGAACUGUUAGAAGGUACCUGGAGCUAUUUAUAAAAGUCUUGUUUUGUUGCACAGAAGAUUUUUUCAAAUGUUUUUUGUUUCACAUUCCCUAAACUUUGAGGUUUAAACUGGAUCCUUUCACAUAAAGAACACUUGAUUAUACAUCACUGCUGACAAUUUUUCAGUCAUUUCUAACACACAGCGACGUGCGGACCAGCGUGAGCUCAACGUCUUUGACUUGCCAUGAAAAGGUUUGCUGAUUUAAAGCACAAAGAACUGGAGAAAAGUUGUGCGACCACGUAUUUAAAGUUUGAUGCAUUUUGGAAAAGAGUUGUCAGUGAUGUAUACAUCAUUUAUAUUUAACAGAUUUAAACAUGCAACUAAAACUUGACACAAAGAGCCAACAGCUCAAUAAAAACAAACAAAAAGACACAAAUAAUAACCAGUCAUGGAGCUCCGUCAUACACUACAAACUUUCGGCCGUGGUUUAUGAACCUAUUUUGAAACUGAAGAUGUUUUUAUAUCAAAAAUAAGCUUUAACAAUCACAUUUGGUACUUAAAAAUAUCAUUAUACUUUAUAGUAGUUAAAAUAUCAUGUAACACACAACUCAGACAGAGAGAACUGUGAGGGCGGUUUGCUGGUGAAGGCUAGAAGUUGUGAAAUAAAGGAAGUUAAAAGCUAUUUUACCCCCACAUUAGUUCAUGUGUUGGAUAUCCGGCAGUUAAACGGCGUCCUGAGGCAGUGGUGCUGUACUGUAUCAACAAUAGGAAGUGUGUUUGUUACAAGAUUAUCGUACUGAACUUUUUGUCAUCAUCAUGAUGCAGCUGUUUGAGAUGUAAAGCUCUAGCUGUAGUUUUUAAAAAUGUACUGUACUUCCAUCUUUCACUCAAUAUGUUUCUCAAAAACAGAAUAUCUCGUUUCCAGACAGAAUAUGAGUCGUAUUCAUCAUUCAUAAGUAUUUCUGCUUUUAUUUUCUCUAAAUGUGAUGUCAGCAAAUUAGCAGUGAUGAUGAAUUUCUUAUUAAAUUUUUUUUUUUGUUGUUUAUGCAGCAACUGGAGGUCCAGCCUUUUGCUCACUGUUACAGGGAUCAAACCUGUGGCUUUUAGGAUACAUGAAAACCUCUCACUCCUGUCACUUCCUGUUCCUUUUCGUCUCACGUUAAAUCUGCUCAGAUUAAAACUAAGUGAGGUACUUAGAGUUAUCAGUAUCUCUUCCACGCAAUUCCCAUGAAUAUUCUAAAUUACAGACAAACAGGUUGAAGUUUUUAUUUUUAGUUUGACACAGAAGUUUUCAGGCAUCAUCACGACUAAUUUGGUGGCAUUUCGUCAAAGAGAAAAUGGUACAUGUGGCAUCUUUAACCUAUUAGACUGUGUACAAAUGUAAUGACUGUAACACUAAUUUGUGUGUGUGUGUGUGUGAGAGGGAGAAAGACGCACAUGAAAAGAGAUUCAUGAACUGCUUUGUAAGAAAUAUAUGUAACCAAACAUUCCAACUUUUUAAUACAAAUAAAACUUUGAGACAUUUCAGUAAUAUUUUAA